GCUUCUCUCUCUGGAAAGCAAGCCGAUGAGAUGUGGUUCUCUGCAGAUCUCCUUGGUGACUUGACAAUCGUGAACAUCUAUGGCGUCCCGCGCCAGUGAAGACGAGGGCGAAAGCCCUUCUGCAGCGGAGCAGGCGUGGCAGCAGGCACACAACCUUCUGACAGAGCUCAGGCCUGAAACGCUGCAAGGUGAUUGAUGCAUGUAUGUAUGAGUCGGUGAAUGACGUGCCGUCACCUUGUUGAUUCAUUGACUCAUUCGUUACUUCGAGCGUGUGUGUGUGUGUGUGUGUGCAGCGUUGGCUCGGUUCUACGAUGAGCAGCAGCUGACGCAGGAGACCUCAGCCGACACCGCCGAUGCGGCUGAGGAUGGCAAGCGACACGUCAAAGAAGACUUCCGGCUCAGGUAGGUGACCGACUGAGUAGGUCAGUGAAUGAGUCAGUGAGUCAGUGAGUGAGGGUCGUUCUUUGCAUUUCUGCAGCCAGUUCUGGUACAGUGACGACACGGCAGAGACCUUUGCUGACGAGGUCUUCCACAGCUGCACACACGCCGCCGCAUUCGUCUGCACGCCGUCAGCCUUCAGAGCCUUCCAUGUGAGCUUCUGACCCAGUGCAAGGCACUUGGAAGGCAUGGUGUCUGUCUGUCUGUCUGUGUGAAAUCAGCGUAAGUAUCGGUCAGCAGGGUCAGAGGUGGGGGAUGCGCCGGACAGCCGGGUGGCUGCGCCGUUCGAGGCGUACCUGCUUGAAGUCGACAAUCGGUUCGGGGAUGUCUACGGCAAGCAGUUCGUCCAUUUCGACCUCUUCCAGCCUCCUGAGGCGCUGCCCCGCUGGUGCAAGGCAAGUACGUACGUACAUACGUACGUACAGGACACGGGGGAGUAGUGCGUGGCGUGAGUGCGCCAAUAGAUCUGUGUGUGUCUGCAUGAGUCGCAUCGGUGUGCGGUUAGGGUUCGAUAUGGUCGUGAUUGACCCGCCCUACCUCACUGCAGAGUGUUUCGGCAAGGCAGUGGCUGCCAUCGACUAUCUGGCGAGGCCGUGCGGGUCGCAAGAAGAUAGGUCGUACCGGAAAGUCAUCGCUGCGACGGGUCAGCCAGUUGGCUGUCUGCUCUGUCAGGGAACAUGUGCUGUGUUGUGUUGUGGGUCACGUUCCUUAGGUGCGGUGAUGCAGGAGACCGUCGAGAAGCACCUGGGACUGAGGCGGCUCGAAGGAUGGUCAGUGGCAGUCGGUCGGUCAAUUACCUCGCGUAUGGGCGUGUCGUGUUCCCCUGCCUGCAGGGAGCCCACCCACUCGACGAAGCUGUCCAACCCCUUUGCGUGCUACAUCAAUUACACUGGGCAGGUCAGUGGUGGUCAAGCAAUGAAUACUGUGGCCAUAGCAUAGCAGCACACUGACCAGUCGGUGUGAAUCGAUUGAUUGCGUUCUCAGGGCCCUCUCUCUUCACUGAAUUAAGUAAGGCAUUCCUUUUCACAAAGCGGGUCAGUCAGUCAGUCUGUCUGUCUGUCUUUUCGUGUACGUGGGAACAUGUGACACUUCCAUUCCAGGCAGGCAAGGUAGCAAUUUAAUUUGUGUGUUGUGUCUUCUUGUCCGUCGACACGUCUGUGUGUGUGGUGUGUGAGUGAAUGUUGUAUGUAGCGUUUUGUUUGAUUCCUCACUCCUUUGCACCACACCUGCUGCCUUUGUGGAAUUGACAGUUCGCCACCCAUCUAUCUAUCAUGUCGUCCAUUAUCGUGUGGCUGGUGCUGCUGGGGCGCACAGGUCAGUCCAGUAGGGUCAGUCACGCGGAGGGAGGGCUACAGACACUCGCCUGGUCCACAUCCACUUUUUGCGAUUGCCUAUCAUCCCUGCAUGAUGGAAUGAUCCUUCAGUCUGCAUCCAUCCCACAGGGAGGC